UAAAUAUUGGGAGCAUUUACAAAUUUACUAGGACAGCCUACUUCUUGGCUUCAUUACAACGCAUUCAUCAAUUUCAAACGAACUGAUUCAAUCCCAUUUUGCGUUUCGCUAUAAACCAAAACCCUACUCUCUCUCCCAGUAAGAAUGUUUAAAAAGUUCUCAUCUGAAGAAGUUUCUGCCCAAAAUCAAGUGAAGGCAUCUGUUCAACGGAAAAUCCGGCAAAGUAUUGCAGAGGAGUAUCCGGGUCUUGAACCUGUGUUGGAGGAUUUGCUGCCAAAGAAGUCACCACUUAUUGUUGCAAAAUGUCCAAAUCAUCUGAAUUUGGUUCUGGUAAACAAUGUACCUCUUUUUUUCAACAUACGUGAUGGACCUUAUAUGCCGACACUAAGGCUUCUUCACCAGUAUCCAAACAUAAUGAAAAAGCUUCAAGUUGACAGAGGGGCGAUAAAAUUUGUACUUGCUGGUGCCAAUAUAAUGUGCCCAGGGCUCACUUCUCCUGGUGGUGCAUUGGAUGAUGAAGUAGAGGCAGAAACUCCCGUAGCUAUAAUGGCUGAAGGGAAGCAACACGCUCUAGCUAUUGGAUUCACAAAAAUGUCAGCAAAAGAUAUACGAACAAUCAACAAAGGAAUUGGUGUGGAUAACAUGCACUAUCUUAAUGAUGGCCUCUGGAAGAUGGAACGCCUGGAAUAAGUGUGAAAAAUCGCAGGGCUUUAGAUGCAUCUAUGAGAGACAGGUUACAAAUGGGUUGAUUGCCAAGAUCUUUGUAGCAAGGCAAACAGAGAAUUUUUUUCAUGGAAAAUGUUGCCUUUCCCUCUUUCGCAGCUGACUUUUGUUUUCGGAUGUAACGCAGUAUAAAUUACUGCUGGUCCUUGUUGAACUGUAGUAUGAGCUUUCAUACAUUUGAAGCAUGGAUCAAUGCUUGUGAAUCUUGUACACACUGGGAAAACCAAACUCUUUGUGAAUCUUGGAUUCUUUAUAAUUUUCAGAAUUUUUUCUUAAAAGACUCCAUAAGAAA